AUGAUUAUUCCCAUCCGCUGCUUCUCUUGUGGAAAGGUCACUGGUGACCUCUGGGAGCGCUACCUUCAACUGAUCGCAGAUCCCCGUAAGACCGAUGGCGAUGCUAUGGACGAGCUCGGUCUGAAGCGAUACUGCUGCCGCCGCAUGAUCAUGACCCACGUUGACCUUAUCGAGAAGCUUCUCAAGUACACUCCCGAUGGCCGAAGCGAGAAGAAGCAGAACCUUGGCGUUCAGUACUCAUAG